AUGUGCAGCGCGGUACUGCCCGGGGCUGCGGCCCUCGAGGGCAUGGAGGUGGAUGAGGUGUUCCUGCGCCGACAAGUGGUCUUCCUAUCCGAAGAGGAACUGAGCGCCGUGGAGGUGCUGGAGACUUUGGCGGAGGGCGCCUACGGGUCCGUGGAUCUCAUCCGCUACAAGGGCGAGCUGGUCACCAAGAAGCUCAUGCUCGAGGAGGACAAGCUCGACCUCUUCCUGCGGGAGGCGCGGGUCCUGGUGGAGCUGGACGGGGCGGGGGGCGUGCCCAGGCUGCUCGCCCUCUGCCUUCAGCCGCCCACGCUCAUACAGGAGUAUGCUGGCAAGUCCUAUGACGACUUUCUGGAGGAAGGGUGCUCGGUGGGGCUUUUCCUCGACUCCGUCGUCUGCAUUGCCCGCCAACUGAGCGAACUCCACGCCAAACAAGUCAUUCACAAUGACAUCAAGAGCAACAACGUCACCGUGUCCGGGCCAACUUCAAGCCCCACCUUCCGCAUCAUUGACUGCGGCCUCGCCACCCGCACCGGCCAGCCGCUCGACGCUGAGGCCUACGACCUUGACUUUGAGGAGAUGGACUUCGGGAUGUGCACGUGGAUGUCCCCCGAACUGAAGGACGGGCAACCACUGCUCCCGGCUAGCGACGUGUACGCUUUGGGCGUCCUUCUGAGGAUCGUCUCUCGGCAGACGCCCCAUGGCAGCCUCAAGGCCGCCCUGCAGCCCCUGGUGGCCUCCUGCACCCAGUGGGACCCGGAGGCACGGCCUUCCCUGCAACAGGUGGUGGCUGCGAUUCACGAGCUGAAGGAAAGCCAGCCCGAGGCGGUGCUGCACGCCGCCCUCUACGACGACCAUUCAGAGGAACGACCUUCCCUGCCGCAGGCGGCCAUUGCGACUCACGAUCAUCUGCAGGAAAGCCAGCCCGAGGCUGUGCCUGACGCCGCCCUCCGCGACGAUCAUUCAGGGGCGCGGCCUUCCCUGACGCAGCCGGCCACUGCAAUUCACGACCUGCAGGAAAGCCAGCCCGAGGCUGUGCCUGACGCCGCCCUCCGCGACGAUCAUUCAGGGGCGCGGCCUUCCCUGACGCAGCCGGCCACUGCAAUUCACGACCUGCAGGAAAGCCAGCCCGAGGCUGUGCCUGACGCUGCCCUCCGCGACGACUAUUCAGAGGAACGACCAACCCUGCCGCAGGCGGCCACUGCGACUCACGAUCUGCAGGAAAGUCAACCCGAGGCUCAAACCAAGCCCGAGGCCGCGCUGCACGCCGCCCUCCACGACGACCACUGA